AUGUUUGGUAAACUCACACAUCUGGCAUUCGACGCAAUUCUCAUCAGCGCUUUCCUCGCGGGCAUCAAGCGCACAACUGGUUUAACACCAGCACUAUCACAAGUACCGAACAAAGACGUUCGUCAGAUAUUGGCCUCUUUCCUGGAGACAGGGGAAUAUGUCUUUGACUUCGCUGUAGUGGUCCUUGGGAGGUCCAAGUCUUUCGAGCGAAAGCGAUGA